AUUGAGUUGUGUUGUGUUGCUCACGAUCACUUUUUAGCAUGUGCUUUUUUUUGUUUAUCUUACUUUUAAAUUAAUUAUUAUGAAUUUUCAAAAUUUGAAACUAUCAAAAUACCUAUGUGAUCAGCUUGAUGCUGUCGGUGUGAGGUCACCGACUGAAAUUCAAAUAAAUUGUAUACCAAAAAUAUUAGAUGGAAUUGAUUGUAUUGGUUGUGCAAAAACAGGAAGCGGUAAAACAUUGGCAUUUGCUUUACCAAUUCUUCAAAAAUUGUGGGAAGAACCUUAUGGAAUAUUUGCACUUGUACUGACACCUACUAGAGAAUUGGCCUACCAAAUUGCUGAUCAAUUUGCUGUGAUUGGAAAAUCUAAAAAUCUCAGACAUUGUGUAGUUACAGGUGGAAUGGAAAUGAUAGUUCAAGCAAGAGAGUUAUCAAAUAAACCUCACAUUGUUGUUGCAACACCAGGAAGACUAGCAGAUCAUUUGGAAAGCUGUAAUACAUUUUCAUUAAAACGUAUACAAUUUUUAGUAUUAGAUGAAGCAGAUAGGUUGUUAGGAGGUCGAUUUGAUAAACAAAUUACAACAAUUUUUAAUGCUCUUCCAAAAGAACGACAAACUCUAUUAUUUAGUGCAACUAUGACUGAUACUCUUGAGAAAGUUAAAAAAAUUACAAAAAAAAAUACAUUUGUAUUCGAAUCAACUGCAGAAGUAAAAACAGUCGAUGAAUUGGAACAAUUUUAUGUGCUUUGCCCAUAUAAUGUAAAAGAUGGAUAUUUAGUUGAAAUAGUUAGAAAUUUUCGUGAAAAAGAUGAGAAAGGAUUAAUUAUGAUAUUCACUGAUACAUGCAAAAACUGUCAGUUGUUACAUAUGACUUUAAAUGAAGUUGGAUUUAAUACAGUAGAACUUCAUGCCAUGAUAUCUCAGAGAGAAAGAUUAGCCAGUCUAGCUAAGUUCAAAUCUCAUGUUUCCAAAAUAUUAAUUGCUACUGAUGUUGCUAGUCGUGGUCUUGAUAUUCCUGCAGUAUCAUUGGUUAUUAACCACAUAAUUCCCAAUAAUGCUACUGAUUAUGUGCAUAGAGUUGGAAGAACUGCAAGAGCAGGAAGACAAGGUCUUGCCGUAUCAAUUGUUACCCAACAUGAUAUAAAGAUAGUUCAAGCAAUUGAAAAUAAAAUAAAUAUUCGAUUAAAAGAAUAUGAUGUUUCAGGACUUCAUGUUGCCAAGAUUUUAACUCAAGUACAUGUUACAAAAAGAGAAGCACAAAUCAAACUAGAUGAAACAGAUUUUGAUGAACGGCGUUUAAUUAACAAAAGAAAAAAAUUAAUUAACGAAGGUAAAGACCCUGAUAAAGUAGAACAAGAAAUCAAACGUCAGAGGAAAGAAAAAAGACGAAAACGAUUUGAAAGAAAAAAUAUUGAAGAAAAAAAUAGCAUCAAUAGUUAUCAAUGUGCAGAUAACGAAGAAGAAAAUUUUAAAUAAUGUAAAUUAAAUAGUUUUAAUUGCGUUUUAAAAUGUGAAUUACAUUCUAAGUUCAAAAUUCAGAAAAUGUUGAUAUUCUAUUUUUAUACAAGAAUUAUGUUAUUUCAUUAUAUAUAGUAUUAAUAAACUGGC